AUGUCGGACCUGGAGGACCUGUUCCGGUUCAGCGACGACGAUGACGAGAUCCUUGCUGCUGCCCUGAGGACCCAGGCGACCCCUCGAACUUAUACGCCAGCCACUCAGCCGGCUCGAGUUACGCCUAAGCCGCCACUGACCGCUACUACGGACUCCACAGCCGCGUCUAUCUACCAAGCCCAAGGGGAAGCUCUGGUGCUCCGAGCUCAAUUGGAACAGCUCCAACGACAACUGCUUGAGGAAAGGAAACAGCUUAUCGCUCAGAAACAAGAGGCGACGGCAUCGUUGGAGACACAGAUCGCGGCGUUGAAGCGGGCGGUGACCUCACUCGAAGAUGAAAAGACCUUCCUUAAUGAGGCCCUUCGCCAGCCGAGAACGACGAUAGCAGUGCCAGUGAACAAUCAGACUCCUCCUACUUCUACAACUGUCACCAAGAAGCGGAAACUCGAGGAUUCGAGUAGAGUCGAUGCGGGCUAUUUAACGGCCGUAAAGCGUGCCAGCGAAGCCGGUUUGGUCGUGGACUACUUGUGGACGUGUGGCAUUGAGGAUACUCACAACUCCCGUACCUGUAUCGACUACUUAUCAAAAAUUACCGUUGAUGAGCCGAUCAGUGUCGACCUGUUUGAGCUUAAACCGCACCAGCUGGUAGCCCAUUGUUUAACGCAGUGGUUUAUGGCACACCACCACCUCCGUCUCGAUAAUUUCAUCGCCAAACUCGUGAAAAUGCUCGUGCUGAUGUGUGCCAUUUUAAAUGAGAGAGAGAGACCCUUAGCGAUCCCGUUCCUAUUGACGCUUGUCCACCGAGCACUUACCUUCCGCCCCUUGGCAGUGUCCAAACAAUUGAUCCGUGAGCUUGUGGUUCAGUUCAGUGCUGCCGUACGCCACCGGCUAGGCUAUAUCAGUGCUACUAGUAACCACAUUGAUUUCGUUAAUUUCAUCGGUAUCCCUCGCCACUUAUUGGUCCUACAAAAGCUUAUCCUAGUGGUGUAUGGAGACUUAUUGGAAACCACGGUAUCUCUCGCCGCUGGCCACGGAGCCGACUGUGUACUGGAAGUGUGGAACGCGGAAAUACUCGACCCUGACGUGUUUAGAGCGUUACCAGGGAUCAAAGAACGCAUGGCUGAUGUCGGCCAAAUCAACUUGGUGUUCAAUUUCAUUAGCAUGCUUGAAGCUAGCGUCACUGAUACUACGUUUGCUUAUAAUAACGAUGGCAAUGAAGAAUUGGUGCUGCUGCUAUUUAACCUCCUAGUGAUGGAAGUGGGGAUUCGUCCUCAAAUGAGGUUCCAUGGCUUGAACCGUACCGUGGGAAAUAACCACGAUUUCGCCAUGAUCGACGCCAUGAUCCCCCGAGAUAUCGACCAAAACCACCAGCCAUUGAUGGUAAACCCGUUCCCCGCGGCUCCUGUGGACGAAACCAUCGACCCCCAGGCUCAGUUGGCCCACGAAACCCAUUUAUUGACGCUCAAAUUGCGCAUUGCCGCCGUCAUCGAUGCCUAUAUCAACGAGCACGAACUGACGGAUAUCUUAGGCAGAGACGAUACCCCUAAAGAAAACUUCAAACGGCUCAUCCGCGCCAUUGACCACGAACAGCUCGCGAUCGCUACCUACCCACGCAGCCCCCUCGUCGAUCUCCACCUCCAGAUCAUUGGCAGGCUAAUGGCCACCACCUACGCCAUCACCGAGCUCACCCCUGAUUUGAGUACGUUGAUGUUCCCUCAAACAGUCUACGAAUUACUCGUAGUGUUUGCUCGAGUGGCGUUCGCUCAGGGAGGGCUCACAAAGCUGGCGGAGGAGAUUGUCGUCAAGCUACGCGCCAAGGGGUACCAGGGGCCGAUAUUCAACAGCCAGGUCGAGACGCGGGCCCGGAACGCCUUCGCCUCCGACGCUGACGCCGCCAGCUCCGGGUACCACUACCCCAACGGGGUCGAGUUUGCAUAUGACGCCGAUACCAUCGAUAUCGCCCGUAGCGUGCUUAAUAAGUUUGCCAGCCACGACGAGGCUGACACGUUAUACGAGUGCAUGCACGCUGACGGCUAG